AUGCUGGCUAACAAUACAGUUUCGACUUUUAAGCUCUCCUCGCUGCGACAGCGAAGAUUACCAGACUCACCGAUGAAAGUCAACGCUUCACAACCACAAGACGAAGACUUGGAAUCGCUUAUUUGUCAAGGCGACUUUGGAGCAUGGUUUACAAUCGUGGGCUUAAUUUUUAUCUUUUUCAUAAUGCUAACCUGCCUUUUCGGUAAUUCUCUUGUGUGUGUGGCGGGCAUAAAAUUCUCUUAUUUGCAAUCUUAUUCCGAGAAUUUUAUACUUAGCCUCGCUCUAUCUGACAUCAUGGUGGCGGUGACGGUUUUACCAUUCGACGCUGUGUACUGGAUAGCAUUUCCUCGAUGGCCUUUAGGGGGUAUAGCUUGCAAUUUAUGGAAUUCGCUCUUUUUUCUCUUCCUUACUGCGUCAGUGCUGAACCUCAUGUCAAUAAGUAUAGAUCGAUUUUUAGCAGUCGUUUAUCCACUUCGCUAUAAUGCCUGGAUGACGCCUACCCUCAACAAGUUUAUGAUCGCAAGUGUAUGGGUGUAUUCUUUUAUUAUCGCUGUUUUAAUCUUUUUCCUCUUGGAACAACCAGAGGAUGGGAUUUAUGGUUUUGAUUUACACCCAGUUUUUCAUGGUUUUCUCAUCAUUGGCAACGUUAUUUUUCCAUUCUGUGUUAUGAUCGGCUUGUACUAUAAGAUAUACCGAAUUGCUAAAGGGCACUCACGACGCACGUUGCUUGUUAUGUCAUCAACUGUAGACUCGUCGUCAUCGGCGGGUAGAGUCAGUAGAAGGAAGUUUGCGCGGGAAUUAAGGCUCGCAAAGACCCUUGGAAUUGUCGUAUUAUGCUUUGUGAUUUGCUGGUUGCCAUUUGAAAUAAUCAACAUCAUGAUACUCGUAGAUGAAGGAGUGGCCAAUUGCAAUGUGGAAAUAGCUGACACAGUGACUUGCUGGCUCGCAUACAUGCAAUGUUCUUUAAAUCCAGUUCUUUAUGCUUUGAGCAGUCCAGAAUACAGACGAGCUUUCAAGAAGCUGCUUUUAAUCAGAAUGCAAGGGUCUGCUGACGUUGAACCAGUAGGGCUUAACAGCCAAAGUAAUACAGCAGAAAACGUUGCGAAGAGUGCUUCAUAUCGAUCGGAUCAAAGCGCUACUGUGACUGACAACUAGAUAUACAAUGAAUCCCAGACGCGCAACCAUAGCAGCCCCAACAGCCUCGUUCCCAGUCGUCCUCAGCGAUUUCGGAUGUGACUUCACCCGUCAAGCUUGCCGGGAAAAUGCGCGCUCGGUUCCUUGCCUCCUUCACUCACUCGGAUAUCGCGAAUUGACCUGGGAAUGAGGCUGCUGGGACAACAGAAAUUUGGAGGCGGUACUCUCUACGGCUGUAAGCAAGGAGCCACUCUGAUUGGAACCGGUAGCAAGCGCGGGAAAUCUUGCAACCGGUCCAAAGAGCGGGAAAACAUGCCACUCGUCCAAACAAGAAGAGAACUGGAGCCGAAUGCGUCCCGCAAGUGUUUCUGGGAUCGUCAUUGAGGACGCGCCGGUCAGCUAUUGGCUAAUAUUUCCCUUGUCCCUAGUUACACUCCCAGAAGACUUUGCGAAAGCAAUUCGGCCUAGUUCCUUCCCCGUUUCUAAAGUAGCGAAUUGCGCACAAAUCAUGCGCAGUGGCAUGAACGAUUUUUGGAUAGUUCAGUUUGGCGCUUGAUUGAUAAAAAGCACAGCUCUUUAGAAAAUACCCUAGAAAUCGGGCCAGCGAUGUUGUUAAGUGUUAGCAUAAAUAAAUUAGUAAUGUCUGGAUAAAUAUCACUCCGUUUAUUACGGCUUUAAUUGUUUUAACAAGAAAUGAAAGCUGAACAAACUUUUAUACGGUGCGUCAGUUAGUAAAGUUACCAUAGUAAAAAAAACUGACAUAGAAUGUCGGACAUAACCGGGAAAAGAAGAAGAAAACACACUUUGUUUAUUAUUUUUUAGCUUUGUGUUAAGAAUGCGCCAAACUUAAUUUUUGUCGGUGCUCGGAGAUCUUCGGCCGUUCGCCAGGAGGAAGCUUAGGCAACGACGACGACGGCAGCGAAAACGUCUUUUAAAAAGUGAAUUUACACUGUUUCAAAAUUCAUCGCUCUUAUUCCAUGUUGUUCAAUUUGUCAAAUUUGGGGAAAUUUUCUAGCGAUGAAUUCUAAAGGAUUUUAUGUAGCAGAAAAAAUCGUUGUCUUGAGUUCACGUCCUCUAGAAAACGUGAAAUUAGGCACUUUCACGUUGUGGUCGUGCAACGACGGGAACGAAAUUUACAAAAACGCAUGAUGCACGUGCAAAGUUGUUGUUUUGCUUAUCUAAUCCUUUUGAUUUUUUGCGGUCCUCGUUGCUGUCGUCGUCGAUCGGUUGAUGGAAGCUGAUCUCUAAGUUAUUUCUUUUCACCAGUCUCCACAUCUGAGAAGAAGUGCUCUAUCUCAGCGUCUAGACAUGCGCGGUAGCCUUCCCUGUGAUAAGCACUGUACAUUGCAGACGUGAAAAACUGAUUCAGAGUCACGUGGUGCGGGAAAAUUCCACAACAGACCCUGCAAUGACAAUGUGGUAUACGUCAAUGCCGACAAACCGUUAUAACUGACAAGCGCCCGGGGGAAGAAUACUCAACGAAGUUUUACACGGUGAGGCUCCUCCCCGAGGUCCAACCCCUUGUCCUUUUAUAUUACAUUGUUUGACUGAAAAGGUACCUCUUUUGUACAACUUUUACAGAGCAAAUGGUGCCCCUUUCACAUACCAUACUAAGUGAUAAUGAUGAUGAUGAUGAUGAUGAUGACCUAGUCUGAAACACUGCAGCAAAUGCACCUUUCUUGCCCUUUUUACGUCCAUAAAAUGCGUAUGUUAGCCCUUCUUGGUCCUUUUACAGACCAAAUGACACAUUUUCGUACCCUUUCAUAUACUGCAACUAAUGAAAUCCCUAUACCCUUUCUUAUACCUGAAGCCUGAGAAAGGUAUAUCCCUUUCGGGCGGAGCCUCCCCGUAUAGGCCAUUAUAGGAGUACCUCACGGGCAGUCGCCUUUACCCUGGAACGUACAUUUUAUCCUAUUUACAGCCCUGUAUCCAGCCAGUUUAUAGUUUUCAGGUCUUUUAGAUUCCUCUGUCGGGUGGCUAGACGGACGGUCCUGGCUGUUACUCUGCGAAAGUUUUCUAUAUGAUUCAUUCCCUGAAAAAACGCUGAAUGGAGAUAAACUAGAAUGCGUGUUUUUUGUUGUUGCGGAAACCUUUAUUAGAUCGCUUUUGUGUUGGUGUGUGGGUGAUUCGGUGUCUUUUCAAUCUUUUGUAUUACGUCAUUUGGUGACUGCACCCGUCCGCGCGUAGACUACGAGUAGUCCCCCAUUUGUCCUCACGGAUAGUAGAGCGAGCCGAACGCGAGCGCGCGUGAGUCGCCUUUUCUCGCGUGCGGUGAUUUUCACGCGCGCUCGCGUUUCGCUUACUCUGCUAUCCCUGAGGAAAAAUGCGGACUACUCGUAGUCUAGUCCGCACGCAACACCAAGAAGCAGGAGCCGAUUACCUCAAGAAGCUAUCACUGGAAUUAGGGAUUUUACUGAGUGUCAAGAUAUCAUAAGUCCAACUAACGCCAAAAGCUUCACGGUGUUAUGUUACGUGCGCGAGACGUAAGAGCCAUGUACAGUGCCUACUGAGCAAUACUUGGAAAAACAUUCUGCAAGGUUGCGCGCUGUCGUCACUUAGUCGCUUUCACUCACCUACAACAAAAACAAGGGUUUUUCAUCGAAAUUUCACCACUAUUCUCUAAAGCCUCUAAACUACAAAUACAAACGACAAGUUCAGAAAUUGUUGUUUAUGUGUCAUAAGCCCCACAUAAUUGGACAAAUAUGUAAGCAGCUGUUCAAAUCGCAGAAGAAGUGUAAACUGCAGCUGACGAUAAUGGAUGAACAUGUCGCGAAAACUCACUGACGUGUUGGAAAAGCAAUUACCAUUAAAAGAAAUUCAAGUGUCUAAUAGAACCGAGUUUCUAAAACUGUAAAGAGUAUUCUCCAAAUUGUCUGGUAUAAGUAAUCACUACUCGAAAUAUUUAUCCGAUUGUUAGAAAACCCAGGUUAAAAUAUCAUCAGCUUUAUUAGUUAAUUUUUUAUUUGGCCGUUAUGGUACUUUUUUAGUCGCUGGAUAUUUUUUAUGAAAAUUGGUCCCUUUGAUGAGGCAGAGAACAGACUAACUCUUCGCAAGGUAAAUAUUAAUAAUUCGUCUAGAACGGUAGAAAUUUAAUAUUUGAUUAUCAUGUUGGCGUUUAGAAAUCUUGAGCUGGACUGACAGUUAAGAUAGGAUAAAGUUUCCAUCCAGCGUGUUUAGAACCAAAAAGUCAAGUAGAAAGUUUGAAGUUUGAGGUCAUUCUGUAUUUGAAAUGCUGUCAGCCAGCUGUGUGAGGCCUACAUCAUCGUACAGAUAUUGGAUAUCAUGAGGCAAAACAUAAUUAUUCUGGAUAUUUAUUUUCCUUCCACAAUGGUAGAAACUGACUGUGCCUGAAAAAAACUUUCAUCGUAAGAAGAAGACAAACUUCAAGUCGCCCUGUAAACAGAUCAUAGAUUUACGAAACUGAAAAGUGACAACUGAAAUACAAGACUGGAACAUUAUUCAUAAAUUUGAACAUCGCUUUUUUCAUGCAAAUACCUCAGGCAAAUACACAUUUGUAUCAUUUUCAUUCUGAGCAUUUUGUUAAUCAUAUCUGGCAAAGUUUCAGGAGAGAAUUAAAGAAACUGAAUGACAAAACUAUAUCAGAACGACUGGGCGAGGUCCCUCAGAGGAGAUACUCUGGAAAUUCUUCGUGUAUUGUCUGGGAAAGGUAACGAGUUUUAGUACAUUUAGUGAACAACGAACAGCGCAGGUCAUUAGAGAUCGUAUAUCUCUCAAUUUUACAUGCUGGCUAACAAUAUGGUUUCGACUUUUAAGCUCUCCUCGCUGCGACAGCGAAGAUUACCAGACUCAACGAUGAAAGUCAACGCUUCACAACCACAAGACGAAGACUUGGAAUCGCUUAUUUGUGAGGGCGACUUUAAAGCAUGGUUUACAAUCGUGGGCUUAAUUUUUAUCUUUUUCAUAAUGCUAACCUGCUUUUUUGGUAAUUCUCUCGUGUGUGUGGCGGGCAUAAAAUUCUCUUAUUUACAAUCUUAUUCCGAGAAUUUUAUACUUAGCCUCGCUCUAUCUGACAUCUUGGUGGCGGUGACGGUUUUACCGUUCGACGCUGUGUACUGGAUAGCAUUUCCUCGAUGGCCUUUAGGGGGUAUAGCUUGCAAUUUAUGGAAUUCGCUCUUUUUUCUCUUCCUUACUGCGUCAGUGCUGAACCUCAUGUCAAUAAGUAUAGAUCGAUUUUUAGCAGUCGUUUAUCCACUUCGCUAUAAUGCCUGGAUGACGCCUACCCUCAACAAGUUUAUGAUCGCGAGUGUAUGGGUGUAUUCUUUUAUUAUCGCUGUUUUAAUCUUUUUCCUCUUGGAACAACCAGAGGAUGGAGUUUAUGGUUUUGAUUUACACCCAGUUUUUCAUGGCUUUCUCAUCAUUGGCAACGUUAUUUUUCCAUUCUGUGUUAUGAUCGGCUUGUACUAUAAGAUAUAUCGAAUUGCUAAAGGGCACGCAAGACGCUCGUUGCUGGUUAUGUCAUCAACCGUAGACUCGUCGUCAUCGGCGGGUAAGGUCAGUGGACGGAAAUUUGCGCGGGAAUUAAAGCUCGCAAAGACCCUUGGAAUUGUCGUAUUAUGCUUUGUGAUUUGCUGGUUGCCAUUUGAAAUAAUCAACAUCAUGAUACUCGUAGAUGAAGGAGUGGCCAAUUGCAAUGUGGAAAUAGCUGACACAGUGACUUGCUGGCUCGCAUACAUGCAUUGUUCUUUAAAUCCAGUUCUUUAUGCUUUGAGCAGUCCAGAAUACAGACGAGCUUUCAAGAAGCUGCUUUUAAUCAAAAUGCAAGGGUCUGCUGACGUUGAAGCAGUAGGGCUUAACAGCCAAAGUAAUACAGCAGAAAACGGUGCGAAGAGUGCUUCAUAUCGAUCGGAUCAAAGCGCUACUGUGACUGACAACUAGAUAUACAGUGAAUCCCAGACGCGCAAACAUAGCGGCCCCUCUACCAUUCUCGUCCUCAGAGCCUCCUGGAGGCCUGAAAACAAGAAUGCCCCUCUACUGGAACAACAGUCUCGUUCCCAGUCGUCCUCAGCGAUUUCGGAUGUAACUUCACCCGUCAAGUUUGCCGGGAAAAUUCGCACUCGGUUCCUAGCCACCUUCACUCACUCGGAUAGCGCAAAUUGACCUAGGAAUGAGGCUGCUGGGACAACAGGAAUUUGGAGGCGGUACUAUCAACGGCUGUAAGCAAGGAUCCACUCUGAUUGCAACCGGAAGCAGGCGCGGGAAAUCUUGCAACCGGUCCAAAGAGCGGGAAAACAUGCCACUCGUCCAAACAAGAAGGGAACUGGAGCCGAAAGCGUCCCGCAAUUGUUUAUGGGAUCGUUAUUGAGGACGCACGGGUC